AGGUCCUCGUGAAGAUAAACAGGAGUUGCGUUAUCUUAUCCGUAGCGAAUUCGGGUUUAGCUUUAGGGUUUAGCUUUAGGGUUUGUCUAGGCUUUCGGGAAGCUUCAGCUUCGGCAAAAGUAUUUUUGGGAAUCCAUCGCGAUCUCCAAAGUCGAAAUUUCUUGAAAAAAUGUCGCACGCCCACGGUGCGAGCGACGCGGAUCCUUUCCGGACCAUCUCGCUUUUCAAUCUCAGUGGGAAGAAAGUUGAGAAGCGUAUUGACACGUCGUCUGGCAAAACGGAGAAAGUCAAAGACCUUGCCACUGUGGAAAUACUCGGCGAUUUUUUUCAUGAAGAAGAGGAAGAUCCCCUUUUUCCACCAUUGCAUCGUGUCAGAUGGAUAAGCGUAGGACAAGACGAUCCUGAUCCAUCUAUUGGUGAGGAGCCACCCGCGGGUGAGGAUGAGGGUGUUGCUUUUGAGUACGAGCGUGAUGAUGACGGGUUUUCGGAUGAAAGCGCACUUCUUCCCGAUACCGCUGCGGAGUCAUCCAAAGGUGUUACUGGCGAGGACGAACACGAAGCUCGUUAUGAUGACGGGUUUUUGGAUCACAACUUACUUGUGGCGGAUUUGCCGCAUGCGUUCCAAUUUGUUAUCGUGCCGGAGCCGAACCCGUUUUGUCCGCGCGAAGAUGGGGAGACGCGAGAAGCUUGGACAAGACGUUUUGAAGAAUGUUUGGCACGCGAAGACGAGUCGGUUUCGCUAGAGCAGGCCCGGAGCUUCAUUUACGACUGCGACCACCUCAAUUUUAGCAGAGACAGCUACCGCUUGGCACGUGAAUUUUUUCCGGCUCCUGACCCUGGUUGUGUGUUUCCCUCGAACGAAGACGAAAGGGAGGCGUCAGACGCAUGGCUUCGCAUCCGGGAUGAAAACUCUGCCGCGAUCGAUGUCGAAGAAGAAGAGGAUGAUGAUGAUGAUUCUGACUCUGAAGCGGAGUCUGAGGAAAACAUCCCAGACUCGUACUACUCACGCUCGUACGCAGCUUCAGACUCAGAGUCUCUCUCUAACUCUGAGGUCCAGAGUCCAACGAGCGACAGCAGCAGGGACGACAGAUCCAGUGAGUCGGAUGACGGUGGUGCUGACGACGGAAACCGUUCGUCGUCCAGCCGGCUGCGCGAUUCCACGGAGCGCGAACCGUCGUGCAUGGUGCACGAGACGGAAAACGCGAUGUCGACCAAGGAUAUUAGGUCGUUGAACGAAGAGAAGCCACAAAUUCUUGGUGAGUUAGAAGAAAGCGAGGCUUGUUUUACUAGUGAUGACGAGUCUUCGUCGUCCGGCUCUGACUCUGAGGCUUCCCCUCACUCGUUGCGAGAGCUAGUCGAGGAGCGAAAUGGGAUUGAGAAAGCAACACGCUACAUACGCCAACCUCUAGUAGACUACCACCAAUUAACGUUAACCGAGCCGCGCUUUCUUCUCAAGGCGUACCCGAUUUUUCUGCAAGCAGUUUUCGAGUUGCCCCGUGCGGAGAUGCGCAAGCACGCACGGACGUCGGACGGGCGCUACUUCACGGAAAUUCUGAUGUUGAAAUUUGCUCGGCGCGCUCGACGACGAUUGUAUUUUCCUGAACGACCGGAAGAGAAACGGGAGGAGGAGCCGGAGCGACUGACUCGCGCACCCUGGCUUGUGCGGCUCCUCGCACUCUCAAAUCUCAACGGGCGCGAAACAGCAGAAGAACUUGUCGCUGUCCUUGUUUCGAGAUGGUUCCUCGAAAAUGCUUAUCCUGAUCGGUAUGUUAGUCAUGAAACUCCUCUCUACACGCUGCUCAACGACGAACAUUUACGCACUUCCGGCUUGCUGGAAAUGAUUGCGCAGGAUCUUUUGCGAACCCGUGAACAAGAUGACGGCAAGCGCGCUCGUGAUUUUUGCGCAUCUUUGGCGGCGUCAAUCUUUAGUGCCAAAGCUGUAAAAAAGCAGCUGAAGAAGGCGGUAAUUGCCGACACAAUGGACUUCGACGGAGUCUCUUCUUCUAAUUUCAGUAAAGUACAGCAGUGGGCGAAAGGCGAAAUCAAGAUGUCCGGCAACUAUGUGUUGAAGCGAAUGAUUGAAGAGCCUGCCGAGCACCUUCCACGAGUCGUCGACUGUCUGACCUUGAAUCUCGAGCUAAUCCAGAACGCGUUGCGGAGCAACUUCUAUUUCUAUGACUUCUGGGCAAACGUGCGUGACCUGAACUACCUAAAAAGCCGCGCUGCUUACCCGUCUGGUUUGCGAACUGUUCUGGUCAAUGAAUUCAACCUGCCGUCGUACUACGCGAAGAGACUGGCAAGGACUUUAGACUUAGGAAGUCCUCUUGCAGGUAGUGCGCUUCAGGAUGUAGAAGAUCUGUGGAACCGGCACUGGCGGUGGCGCUCCUUUGGAGAGCGGGAGAAAAAGGAAGCAUAUUGCGGUAUAUCCAUACGAAUAUAAAGGUACCGAAUGCUCAUGAGCUGUAGCCCACAGCCUUUUCAUUUGGCUUUUUGAAGUUCAAACUUCGGUCAGAAGCUGUUGAGUCGUGGUGAGAUCGGAAUCGCUCGGCUUCGGGACAGACAUGCACUACGUGAUGGAUGCGCGCCCGUGCGCCUGCGUGCCGGCACUCGCGGCUGAACCGCCUUGCUAUAUACGAGAAAAUGAAGCGACUUAUACUCGCAUAUUUGCGCAUUGCCCGACCGCCCCCGGCGCGCAGCGAGAGUAACUACAAGAGUAAUGCUCUGAAAGUAGAUCUAGACUCUUUUAUUUUGUUGACGCCAAAUUCAUUGAAAUUACAGAAGGAGAAGCCGAAUCGGAACCGGAAGCGACCGGAGGUCAACGCCGGUGGAGCGUCGACGUUGCGAUCCAGCUUCUGAAUGAGAAGGCAGAUAGAGACGAACUUCGCUGGCAAAAUGCAGAUGGCGACGCAUUGCGUCCGGUCACGUUUCUAAUUCAAACAGAAGAACCGGAAUGGGUACUGGAAGAAAAUGCCAACCCUCUGCACAAGCGAGAGCCUGUCGCAAAGAAGUUCAAGACAUUGAAUGGAAUCGCAUCCCCCGGAAUGCAAGCCGCACUACUGGACGACCGCGUCGACAAGCUCACUGAAACUCCGCCGCGAUCGUCAAGCUCUUCUAUUAAUGCGAUGACGUGCCGCGUUUCCCUGGAACGUUGGGAGGAAUACUGCGCGGCAAGAAAGAGCCCGACCUUUCCAAUUCAAUUUGACGAGGUGCGUCGUUUUAUCGGUCUUGCAGACGACACGAAAACCGCAGAGGAAUGGAUGGAAUCCCUAAAACAGGCGUCCGCUGUGUUGCGUGCUCCCUUCCUUUCGGCUUCCGAAGAGAUGAAAAUUCGUGCAGUGAUCGCAGGUAUCGGAAAACGUGACCAGUUCCACCAGAUACGCGACGACUCGUCUGAAAGCUACUCAGAUUCUCGCGAUGAGCUUGCGUCUGAAAGCCGCUCAGCCGAUGGACCUGAUCGCCGGUGGUGACACUCACGACGCUGAUGCACUGGAUGCAGAGCCCGUAAGUAGUCGAUCGGGUUAGUUUCAACUGCCACGAGGGCUGGCGCGUACGGUAAACGCGGCGCGAUGCAUCAUGGUAGAAACCUUGUCAAAGACAUAUCGAUAUGGCAGGCUCUGAAACGUUUCUAGGGUCUAGUUUGACCACUGCGUGGCGCAAGAGAUCUGCGUAUAUUUGUCGAAAUUACAAUUAUCAUAUUUCCAGAACCGAGAGCAGCGCAUGGACUUCACACCAACGGAC